AUGAGAGCAUACUGUAUGUAAUUCAAGUCCUGUGAUACGGGGAUUCUACUAGACUGCUCUAUUCUCCAACGUCCUCCUUCAACCUUGCGGCUAACAUAAAGAUCACAGAAUUGGGAUGGAAGCAUUCAUGAUGUAAUUCACAUCAGUUGUAUCGUCGUGGCAACGUUUUCCUAUUGACCACCGUUCCGAUCCACGUCUUAGCGUCAGGUGCCAUGAUCAUGAAUCGUUCUAUGUACACACAAGAUUAGAUAUUAUAGGACUGGUCCAUAUUAAUGGGCUCCGGGAGUCUGUUGUGUGUCGCCAUCUCCGUCUUCCCGUUGGAGCCCACUCUCUGCUAUUCCUGCUGGGCUCGUCCUGCCCCCAGCGGAUGGCAGUCGUCUUUCAUCACCCUCCUCCUGGCAACCUUCUGCCACUGGUGGUCGAACCUCGUCAUGGUGGCGUGGAUAUGUCCUACCCGUUCCUUUCUUCUCCGUCUUUCGUAUAAGCGAAUGCACUUGGACGGCUCUCUCGCUCGUCAAGUUCCUGCGUGUUGCUCCGAGAACUCCGGUUUGAGGCCCCAUGAAUCCCCGAAAAUCUCUAGAAUGCCGAUACCAUGCCAUGCCAUGCAUAUCAAGAAUGCCCUUAUCUAUUUACACAUGAGGCUCUCAGGAGCCUCAACUUCUUCAAACACAUAAUCGAGUUAUAAAAAAAAGAAGAAAGAAAGAAAAAAAGGACAAAAAACCGCCGCUUGGUGGGUCUUGCUGGAAUUGGGCUGUGCGUCGAAUCGAAG